GGCAAAUAGGUUCCCAUACUCUAGAAUUAGUUAUGUAAAUUUACAUAUAGAUAAUUUUCGAUUGUGAGUGUAUGAGAGAAAUAGGCAUAUUGAUCGUUCAGUUUAUAAACUUUAGUAGUUUUUAAUCAAACAAUCGGUUAAUAUUUUGUGACCGGUUUUAUAUUUUGACUGUUUUGUAUGGGAAUGGAUAGUACUGCAUCGGAAGUCGUCAAGAUAGAAACACCAAUGUCAAAUGACAGUGAAAAACUGUUCUCAAGUCAAAUACACUCAGAUUUUGGAUAUUACUUUAAUGAUGGAAAAAGAAAAAUUGAUUAUGUUUUGGUUUGGGAUGAACCAGUUAAUGAAACUAUGAUCAAUAAAGUGAAAAAAAUCAAUAGUAUUUAUCGAAAGACAUUUGAAGAUAAUUUGCAAACAAUUGGAGUACAAAUUGAGAAAGAGGAUGUCAAGAGCGAAAGCUUAAUGACUCAUUAUUUGAAGCUGCAUAUUCCUUGGGACUUAAUGUGCCAUCAUGCUGAGUGUCUAAACCUACGAGCUCCUCUUGAAGUGCAAAACACUAAAAUGAAGAACUGGUCUGAGAUUCUUUUGAAAACAAUUGGGAUUCCAUCUAUAAUGGCGCAAAAUGUUCCGAAUCCUCCACCUGAAUAUUAUACUUGUCCGUUUAAGAAAAGUAAACUAGAAAAAUUCAUUGGACAUGAUAAUCAAGAAUCAUAUUUCACUCCUACUCAGAGACACCAGGUAGCAUAUGAUAUUUUAGCUACUCAAGCAUAUGGGAGCCGUGAAAAGGCACAAGUUGGAAUCGAUCGUCUUCUACAAGAAGAGGUUUACAAUGCUGCGUACGCGAUUCAUGAGGGUCCAUAUGAAGUAGAUGAAGAGGAUUUAAAAAAUCCAGAAAAAAUGAAUCCACGUCAAAUUUUAUAUUGGUAUUGGGCAAGAUGGGGUUGUUGGUAUAGAUAUCAACCUCUAGAUCAUAUCAGAUAUUACUUUGGAGAAAAAAUUGGUUUCUAUUUCGCUUGGCUUGGUUUAUACACUGCAUGGUUAUUACCAGCUGCAUUGGUCGGAAUCUUUGUUUUCAUAUAUGGACUUGUCACUAUAAAUGAUUAUGUUCCUGUGAGAGAAGCUUGUGAACGAGAUACAGUUAUGUGUCCAACUUGUGAUAUCAGCCACGGGUGCCGAUAUUGGAAUUUACGAGAGUUAUGUUUCUACUUGAAAAUGUCCUACUUAUUCGACCAUCCUGGUUCUGUAUUCUACGCUAUUUUUAUGGUAAUUUGGGGUGUUACAUAUUUAGAGUAUUGGAAACGUAAAAAUGCUAAAUUAGCUCAUCGAUGGGAUGUGCUGGAUUAUGAAAUCGAAGAAGAACGACCGCGUCCACAAUACUCUGCCCACUGUACACAAUAUGCAAAAAAUCCCAUUACGGAUGUUCUUGAACCAUAUUUCCCUCCUCGUGCUCGUGUUGCUCGUAUUAUUGCUGGAUUGAUUUGUGUCAUGGUGAUGGUUAUGUUGGUAUUGGUAUUCAUAGUAGCUGUAAUUAUUUAUCGGUUUUUAAUAAAAAUUCCAUUAUUUCAAAAUAAACUACUUCGUUCCAAUGCAGAAAUAUAUGCAACACUUUCAGCAGCUAUUGUAAAUCUUAUUUUGAUUAUGUGUUUGGGGAAAGUGUAUGAAACAUUAGCCUAUAAAAUGACUCAAUGGGAGAUGCAUCGAACUCAAAGUGAAUUUGACAAUCAGCUGAUUUUUAAAGUUUUUCUAUUUCAAUUUGUCAAUUUCUAUUCAUCCAUAUUCUAUGUAGCAUUUUUCAAAGGACAAAUGGUUGGUUAUCCUGGUCAUUAUACAUCCUUUUUCGGCCUACGUAACGAAGCAUGCGAUAACGGUGGUUGUUUGAUUGAAUUAGCCCAACAAUUACUUGUUAUAAUGGUUGGGAAACAAAUCAUUAGUAAUUGUCAAGAAAUUCUGCUACCUAAACUACGUGCUUGGUUCCAUAAAUAUCGAAAGGGAUUAAAUAAGAGGAAUGUUGCUUCAACUAGUGAUCUGAGCUCAGCGCAUAUAUUUAUUGAAGACUAUAAAUUAAUACCAUAUGAAGGACUAUUUGAUGAAUAUCUUGAAAUGGUUCUUCAAUUCGGGUUCAUUACAAUCUUUGUGGCUGCCUUUCCACUAGCUCCAUUCUUUGCGUUACUUAACAAUUGGAUUGAAAUUCGUUUAGAUGCCAAAAAAUUAGUAUGUGAAACACGUAGACCAUUGGCGGAACGAGCACAAAAUAUAGGCGUUUGGUUUAGAAUAUUAGAAUUUCUUGUACGGUUGGCUGUAAUUUCAAAUGGCAUCUGCACCUGUAUUGAUCGACAGACUGCAUUUCAAAAAUCUGUAGAGGAAAAUAAUGCAUCUUAUUUUUGUAACCUUCGUGUGUUUAUCACGGAUGAAUUAAAUAAAAUUCGCUUAUUCGAGUAAAUGUUAAUCAUUCAGAAAAUGAUACUUUGUAUGUGUACUUUUCAAUCUAUUGUUGCAGGCCUUCAUCAUUGCAUUCAGGUCAAGUUUUCUUCCUGAACUUAUGUAUAAACAUGAAGUUAGAAGUGAUUUAGUAGGAUUUACUAAUUUUACUCUAGCGUGGGCUCCUCCGAAUACUACAUCACAACCAUGCAGGUAUAAAGCUUUUCGGGAUAAUAAUGGUGAAUAUUCGAUGUUUUUCUGGAGACUUUUGGCUCUCCGUCUGGCGUUCGUAAUCGUUUUCGAGCACGUGGCAUUUGUUUUGGCGAACGCUCUAGAUUUCUUCAUCCCAGAUGUUCCAAGUAGUUUGAAAGAACGUAUUCAACGAGAACGAUUCCUGGCAAAGCAAGCCCUUCUGGAUAUUAGUUUGGUAAAUUCACCUAUGAUCGAAAGUAUAUUUCUAUUUACUAUUAUUCAUCAUCGUUAUAUUGGAAAUGCUGGUGUAUAUUCUGGUUGAAGAAAUAAGUGUUUACUACUUCAACAUUAUUUUCCUAACAUCUGUUUGUCUUAAGAACCUGCAGCUUUCUCUUAAUUUGCUGUUUGAGCAUUUAGCUUUAGAUUUGGUUUACAUUAUGGGGUCAUUACUCAUUGCAAGAUCUAGCCAAAUAUCACAUUCACUAACUAACACUUCAACGUAUGAACUGGGUGAACCAAUACUCUCUUUUGGUAAUUCUUUCACUGAUCACAACUAACCAUCACCAGAUUUCUGACCAAGCGUAGGCACUGAACAAUAAAUAAAAUUGAACCACUUGUCAUUAUCAUAGCGAUGAUUUCGUUGUAUCCCGAUGAGUAGGAAAGUUGAGUUUCUGACGUUCCGUGGCUGAAUGUAAACCACUUCUUCAGAGUAAAUGAAUAACCGACAGAAAAAUUCUUGGUUAUUUAUUAUUAACUCUCUACCCAGUGUUCAAUUUAUUUAAACUAUCAAGUGCAACCACACUAUUGAUACCAUUUGUUGUAAUGUAACAAAAUUAUAAAUAUCACGCUACUUUUAUGCCAUAACGAAAAUAUUUCUCAUCAUAUAUGGUUCAUUUGAAAUUAUUUCCGUAUUUUGAUUAAAUUUCAACAUUGAUAUAGCUUUGACCAACAUUUUAGGCGGAUGCUCCAUAUUUGGUAGUUGUAUGUCUGAAUAUCAACGCUACCUUAAACAACUCUGUAUGUAAUAGCCAACUCUGUACUCUAUAAUUUCUAACUCCACAAAAGAACUAAUAUCUUCAGCUCUGCACCGCUUACAUUAAAUCAAGCAGGUGGAUAGAUUUACUUGAAUCAAGUACCUAAUCUCAAUGUUACUCACCUUCACUAUCUGUUCAUACAAACAAACCAUUAUUACACGUUUCGCAUCCUUAAACUCUGGGAUUGUUAGUUAGAUCACGAGCAGUGACAGAUGUAUCAUUUAGGAUAAAAUCGACUGAUAUGAGUAUAGCAUGGACUCAAAUCAUCAAAGCUAAAGUGGGUAGGUCUAUGAAGAUGCCACACUGAAUCAAUAUCAAUCUGUUUAUUCUCAGACUUCAGCUCACAGAUUCACUAAACUAAAAAUUAUAUCAUAUCCAGAUUCAAUAAAAAAGUUCUGUAUGGGCUGGAGCGUCAGCAGGUAAAAUUUCCGUCCUGAUUUACAAGUCAGCGUAUUCUGUUCAGCGGAAAUGCAUCAUAACUUUAUCAAUCUUUCUACAAGUCUAGACUUUUAAUUGUUUAUUUAAUUCACUAAUAAAUUUGUCUACUUAGUACUUUUUACUCAUAGUUUAUUUACAUAAAUGUUUCUUUGUUUCUAAAUUCCAUUUAUUAGAUGUCGAGUAAGUGAACCUUCAUUGUUAUGCAAAAAUAGGGAUAGAUGAUGGUAGAAAAGAGGGAAAUGAAUUUUUUGUAAAAACACGUAGUUAGUGUUCAAUAUUUGAUAUUUAAUCUACUCAAACAAACAUCAGUUUCUUCUAAACCAACAUUUUAGACGAUUAUUUAGAUGGAUUUAUUUCGUUUAGUGAUUCUUGCCAACAACCAUCUAAACAACUAACAAGGAAACAGGUUCGAAACUGAACUUUUAUUAUUCAUUUAUUCUAAGAUGAAGUCAUUCAAAAGACAGCUUAUAGCUAUAAAGAUGCGGGAUCUCAUUAACCUACCUUAAGAUAUCAUGUGGUAUGAAUUUCUCUGAUAUUUUCGUUAUCUACAGUAAACGAUUUGUGAAAGAAGCACUCGUUUCACUAUUUGAUAUUGUAUCAAAUAUGCACACUUUUCAAAGAAUUCCAAGCUAAAUAUCAACUCAGAUAGUCACAAAAUGAAUCGUUGUUCAGGAUCUUGAAAUUUCUUUCCAAACUACCACAUUUUCUACUCUUGUUUUGUUAUUGUUGUAGGAAUCAAGACAACCGGAAACUAAAAAGGAUGUAAGUGAUUGAUCAAUUAAUGAACAAACAUAUGACACACUAGCCGGAAAGUUUAAUUUAAAAAAAGAAAAGAAAACAAUAUUCAUAAAAUAUCUUCAAUUUUGUCAUAAAAAUUCUUGGUUUGUUAUCUUCCUUAGUUUUUGAAAGAUCUAUACAAAAGUAUAUCAAUCCGUCUCGAAUAAAUUUCAUAUUUUUGUGAUAAACUUUUCAAUCGGAACAUGAUAUCUAUUUUUUUCUGUUGAAGACAUACAAAAAUCAAUUUAUAGAUUGUAAAUUUGUGUAUAUCAGAUACAUACAAGUUAAUUGCAAUAUUCAUCUAUUAUUUGUAAAUUGAAUUACAUUACUGUAUUUUAUCUAAAGAUAAUAUUGUUAAUUAAUUGGUUUACUAAUAAUGGAAUAACUAUAAAUUAUCAGGAUAAUGUAUCACUCUUUAUCACUUCUUUGUAUAUUAAAUUAUGUAACUGACAAUUCAGUACUGUUAGACAGC